GCAAAUUAGGUCAGUACUCCCAGCAGAUAGAACUGUUUUUAUAAAACUCCAGAGAAAAGAAAUACCUGCUUUCAACAACGUGGAAAAAAUCAGGACUAUAUACAAGAACUCAUCGUACCCAAAACAUAGUCCAAACACAGUUGUCGCUGAGUAUUCGUGUGCCAUGAAUGCCAAAUAUGACGUCCUACAAAUGGCAGUCCAGAGAGGCCUUGUACACACCGAGUACAUGGCAUGGCUGGAUAUAGGCUUGUUCAGAAACCUCCUAGAGCCUAAACUUCGCCCAAAAAACGGCUGGUUCAGCCUAAACGUUCCCGAUAACUUUAACGCCAGCGCUGUUGGUAUGUCCAUGGUGACACCCAUGACAGAACUGUCAAAUCUCAGCGCUUGGGAUUACAUCAGGGAUAACCAGGUCUGGGUUAGUGGAGCCUUCGUGUUGGCGACCAAAGAGGUGAUGAUGAAGUUUGCCCGGUCAUAUAACCUGAUGGCCAACGAGUUAAUAGACAGAAGGAUGUCCAGCACUGACCAGCAAGUUAUUGGAGCCAUGUACUCUCCAGAAUACAUCGACAGCCAGCAGGUGAAAAUAGUGGACUACAGGUGCAACAACGGACAGUUCGGUCUCUACGGAUCCGAUAUCAUUUAUUUCUGUUUAGGCUACGUCUGCAAAGAUGCGGCAGAGAAACAGCUGAAUUCAAACAACAUUUAG